CUUUCAUUGACUUCAUGGAUAUUAAUACUCUUAAUUAUAAGAAUUAACUACAUCGAACACUUUCGUACAUUGAUCAAUCAAAACAUCAUCUCCAAUACCCGCUCAAAUAUCAAUUAAUCCGACUCAAUUCCAACACUAAAGACAUAAUGGCUGCUUCAUCUUCUGCGGACGUAUUUGCAUACAUUGUUGCAAUCUUCAUUCCCCCUUUGGCCGUCUUCUUGAAGACUGCAUGUGGAGUUGACUUUCUUAUCAAUAUCUGCUUGACCAUCCUUGGUUGGAUUCCAGGUGUUAUCCAUGCCUGGUAUGUUAUCUCAAAACAUGACCCAGCGAAAUAUGCUCCAUAA